AUGUUCUCUCGCGCAAUGCUACGUUCCUCUACCGUAAACGCUUCUCGCGGCAACGGCGCCGCUCUGGCGCUGAAAGCUAGAGCUUCGACCCCUCUGGCUGCGAACCCAUGCCGGACACCUUUUAUUCAUUCGCUAGAAGCAAGAAGAUAUAUAUCUGUAUAUGGCUAUACGCAAUCCAAGGCGCUGGUUUACUCGAAAUACGGCGAGCCGAAGGACGUCCUCAGACUUCACAAGCACUCCAUCUCGGCACCCCACGGUACACAAGUCAACCUUCGUCUUCUCACGGCCCCGCUGAACCCGGCCGACAUCAACCAGAUCCAAGGAGUCUACCCGAGCAAACCGCCUUUCGAAUCUACUCUGGGUACCGGGGAACCCUCCGCUGUGGCUGGAAAUGAAGGUGCCUUUGAGGUUAUUUCGACCGGGUCGGGCGUCCAAAACCUCAACAAGGGCGACUGGGUGAUCAUGAAGCGCACAGGCCAAGGCACCUGGCGGACGCACGCUCAGAUGGACGAGUCGCAAUUGAUCAAGAUCGAGAACAAGGACGGCCUGACGCCACUCCAAGUUGGAACUGUUAGCGUUAACCCCGUCACUGCCUACCGCAUGAUUAAAGACUUCUGUGAAUGGGACUGGUUGCGCGCUGGGGAGGAGUGGCUCAUUCAGAACGGAGCCAACAGCGGUGUUGGUCGAGCUGCUAUCCAGCUUGCGCGGGAGUGGGGUAUCAAGACCCUCAACAUUAUCCGUGACAGAAAGACCCCCGAGGAAACCGAGUCGAUGAAGAAGGAGCUUGUGGACCUUGGCGCCACCGCCGUGGUCACUGAAUCCGAAUUGCUUUCGGCUGAGUUCAAGAAAACGGUUAAGGAACUUACCCAUCAGGGUAAGGAGCCUAUUCGUCUGGCUCUCAACUGCGUGGGAGGAAAGAAUGCCACCGCAUUAGCUAAGGUUCUGGCCCCUGGCUCGCAUAUGGUCACCUACGGAGCCAUGUCCAAGCAGCCCGUCGCAUUGCCUUCUGGUCUUUUAAUCUUCAAGAAUCUCGCAUUUGAUGGCUUCUGGGUGAGCAAAUGGGGUGACAAGAACCCCCAGCUCAAGGAGAACACCAUCAAGGACGUGCUUGAGCUGACUCGCGCCGGGAAGUUCAAGGAUAUCCCUUCGGAGGAUGUCAAGUGGAGCUGGGACACCCAAGGCCCUGAGCUUGCAGAUAGUGUCCAGGGAACUCUCUCUGGAUUCCGCAGUGGAAAGGGCGUGCUUAAAUACGAGGGCGGCGAUGAAUGA